CCCGCUGGGAGCCUGGAUAGGUUUGCUGGAGACAUGGCUCGAAGUUGAAGACUUGCCGCGGGCACUUGGGGGGGUCGCCUUAUGGGAGAAUGGGUGCCACGGGCAGCUCCUUCAAGCCGGGCAGCGGCUGUUUCUAAAGGCGCCUGCGAGUCCCCCCUGCCCUCUUCCUAAGCAUGCACCCGCUCCACCCUCACUUUGCCGUAGCUUGGCUGCUGGGGGCGCUCUCUGCCGUCGCCAAAGCGGCAUUGUUUCAGCCACCUUUGAAAGAGGAAGGGCUGGAGGGGUCGCCGGAUGUCAAGACCAAGAGCACAGUGUGCGGAUCCUGGUGUCAAGCGGCUCUCGCCAUCUCUCAACGAGAGACACCCAAGCAAGAGGGCGCUUGGAGCAUGAUGGGAUUCCCAUUAGGGAGCAUCUCCCAGGCUUCCUUGCAGAAAGACCUGCUAGGUGGCUCCAAGGCCACAGCUAGAGCUCGGGCAGCAUGGGUUCCGCUGGUGGAUUAUGGCAACCCCAAUGACUGGACUGUUGUGCAACUGGCGCAUCGUGGGCCUCGUGCUCAGAAAACAGCUGAAUGGUUUGGUCCUGUGAAAGAACAGGAUGAGAACCAGGGGGAUGAAGACUAUUUUGUAUCCUUGGGGACUGAGCUCCCUAAGGAUGAAGUACGGGGGAAGGAAAGCAGAAGGGAUGCCACAAGGGUUAGCCUCAAGAGGCAUAGGAGAAGCAAACGAGGCGCUCGUGAUCCUCUGGACAGAGGACAAGCAGGAAAAGUCAAGACUUUCAAGAACAGCCGCUUUCUAAGAAAUGUCAAUAACACACUGAAUAGGGUGGUGGAGAAGGAUAUCCCCCUGUUGUUACCCUUGAAUGGUUCUCAUAUGGGAGAGAGGAGUUCUGGUGCUCACAGGAAUGGAACUUUCCAACCGUCUGCAGUCAAGAACCCCUUCUACCCUCUGACUGAGGAGUCCUAUGGUGCCUAUGCAGUCAUGUGCCUAUCAGUAGUGAUCUUUGGCAUUGGGAUAAUGGGAAACAUGGCAGUGAUGUGUAUCGUGUGCCACAACUACUACAUGAGGAGCAUCUCCAACUCCUUACUGGCCAACUUGGCCUUUUGGGAUUUCCUCAUCAUCUUCUUCUGUUUGCCUUUGGUGAUCUUUCAAGAACUCACAAAAAAGUGGCUACUGGAGGAUUUCUCGUGCAAAAUUGUACCAUACAUUGAGGUAGCAUCUCUUGGAGUCACCACUUUCACAUUAUGUGCUCUGUGUAUAGACCGGUUCCGUGCAGCCACUAAUGUCCAGAUGUAUUAUGAGAUGAUUGAAAACUGUACAUCCACGACAGCGAAACUGGCAGUGAUAUGGGUCGGGGCUCUCCUCUUAGCUCUUCCUGAGGUGGUUCUGCGCCAGAUGACUAAAGAAGAUUCUGAAGUUGGUGGGAGCCCUCCUGUGGAGCGGUGCGUGGUGAAGAUCUCUCCUCACUUACCGGACACCAUCUACGUGUUAGCCCUCACGUAUGAUGGUGCAAGACUCUGGUGGUACUUCGGCUGUUAUUUUUGUUUGCCUACUCUUUUCACAAUUACUUGCUCGUUGGUGACAGCGAGGAAGAUCCGCAAGGUGGAGAAGGCAUGUACAAGAGGCAACAAGCGACAGAUCCAGCUGGAAAGCCAGAUGAACUGCACGGUGGUGGCUUUGACCAUUUUAUAUGGCUUCUGUAUCAUUCCAGAGAACAUCUGCAACAUAGUCACUGCCUACAUGUCCACAGGGGUCUCUCAGCAGACUAUGGACCUCCUUCACCUCAUUAGUCAGUUUCUUUUGUUCUUUAAAUCAUGUGUGACUCCAGUUCUUCUUUUCUGUCUCUGCAAACCAUUCAGUCGGGCCUUUAUGGACUGUUGCUGCUGCUGCUGUGAUGAGUGCAUUCAGAAGUCUUCAACGGUGACAAGUGACGAUAAUGACAAUGAGUAUACUACAGAGCUUGAACUCUCCCCUUUUAGUACUAUACGUCGUGAGAUGUCCACAUUUGCUUCUGUCGGGACUCAUUGCUAGUUCACCCUGUGGUCAGAAUUUAUAAGGGCAAAAAGAGGGUGUGGUUUUUUUUUUUUCCUUUUGACUUCAGGUCGGGGUUUUAUGUGGAUUUUGCUAUUUGGUCAUAGUUCUAAGUGUUUAUAUUGAGAGAGGAAAUUGUUUUAAGAACUGCUGUUAACUGGUUUGCAUAUUAACAUAUUUGCUUCGAAAAAUAACUGUUUAGACAUUAAAAAGAGAUUCCAACAGCCAGUGUGGCAUUUUAAA